AUGGAAGAUGAGCAAACUACCACGGGCUCAAAGCUCGCGGCGCUGAGACGUUUGAUGCGCAAGGACGAAAACGAUGUGCAGACUUAUAUCGUGCCGUCAGGAGACCAACAUUCUAGCGAGUAUACUGCCGACUGUGAUGGGAGACGUGCAUUUAUUUCGAACUUCACCGGAAGUGCCGGGAUUGCGGUCAUAACGUUGGGCCAAGCCAAUCUGUUCACGGAUGGGAGAUACUUCCUGCAGGCAUCCCAACAACUAGAUAGCAAUUGGACGCUCCAGAAGCAGGGUAUCAAAGACGUGCCAACGUGGCAAGAAUAUCUUGAAAAGAAAAUUCCCCACCCUAAUCGUGUUGGAGUGGACCCAAGGCUAUUGCCCGCCCCCGAAGCUGAAUCCCUAUCGACGAAACUUAAAAUGAAGGGCUCCAGUCUAGUUCCUCUCUCCGCGAACCUUGUGGACGAAGUCUGGGGCUCUUCCCGUCCGCCUCGACCAGCAUCACGAGUUUUUGCUUUGACUAACGAUUACACAGGCCGGUCAGUGGAAGAAAAGCUUAAAGAGAUCCGUGAGAAGUUGAAGGAGUUGGACGCGUAUGCGGUGGUUGUCAGUAUGCUUGACGAAGUGGCAUGGCUUUUCAAUCUCCGAGGCUCAGAUAUUGCUUACAAUCCAGUGUUUUUCGCGUAUGCCAUUGUGUCAAGAACCGAUGCGACACUUUUCAUCAACGAAGAACAGCUCGAUGAGAGCGCACGGGCUUAUAUUAAAGAUUUGGCAUCUAUCAAACCUUACGAGGACAUUCUCGCCCAUGCCGCAUCCUUAUCAGACGCACGAGUACCGAUUUCCUGGUCGGUGUCUGAUUCAGCGAUUGAGCAGAAAAUACUAAUCAGUAAACUGGCAAGCUGGGCCCUACUCAAGGCAAUAGGGGAGGAGGAAAUUUCCAUCGCAUCACCAGUGGCGGAUGCCAAGGCGAUUAAAAAUGACGUCGAAAUAGAAGGCUUCAGGCAUUGCCACAUUCGAGAUGGUGCAGCACUCGCCCAGUACUUCUCAUGGUUGGAAGAGCAGAUUGCCCAGGGGGUGGAACUCACAGAAUACCAAGCUGCCGAAAAACUUGAGGGGUUCCGAUCCAAGCUAGAUCUCUACAGGGGACUUUCUUUUACCACAAUAUCUUCUACUGGACCAAACUGCGCGAUCAUCCACUAUUCGCCUGAUCCAAAAGAAUCUGCAGCCAUCAAAAGAGAUCAGAUUUAUCUGUGCGACAGUGGAGCUCAAUAUCUGGAUGGUACCACGGAUGUCACUAGGACGUGGCACUUUGGCACACCUUCGUCAGAAGAGAUACGCGCUUUCACCCGUGUUCUUCAAGGUCACAUUGCUAUUGAUACGUGUGUUUUCCCACAAGGUCUGUCAAUUCUUCUUCGUGACGCCUUCGCCCGGCGGGCGCUAUGGAAGGAGGGACUAGACUACAGGCAUGGGACUGGUCAUGGCGUGGGCCAUUUUUUAAAUGUUCACGAAGGGCCCCAAGGAGUUGGCACGAGGAUAGCUUACAACGAGACGCCUUUAAAAGCAGGAAUGACCCUUUCCAACGAGCCCGGCUACUAUGAAGAUGGGAAGUUUGGAAUCCGAAUAGAAAAUGUUGGCGUUGUGAAGCCUGCCCAGACUCCUAAUCAGUUUGACGAACGCGGCUACCUCACAUUUGAGCACUUUACCAUGUGCCCAAUCCAGACUAAACUGGUUGACGUAUCUCUUCUUACGAGCGAAGAAAAAGAGUGGCUGAACGCUUACCAUUCCGAAGUAUACGAGAAGGUGUCUCCAUCAUUACAGAAGAUCGGGGAGGCUCUCGCCAUUGAGUGGUUGAAGAAAGAGUGUGCUGCGAUUUGACACGUCCCACUCUCGCAUAAAGAUAUGUAACAAAACGGCUUGGCUUCACAACAAUUGUUACAAUGAUAUCGCAGCGCUUGUAUUACAUUGUAGCCCUUCGAUGAAGGCUGACACAUGGCAAGGGGCAAGUAACGAAGUUGAUUAGAACCUCAGCCAGUAAAUUUGAUUAACCUGUAUUGCUCUCGAAUUGCCAGUCAUUGAGUUCCUGGGAUGAGGCUGUCCUCCACUUCAUUCGCCAAUGCUUGCGCCUCCUCCUCUCCUUCGACCAGCCAGAGAGCCAGUUUCAGCGAUUCUUGCUCCACGUUCAACACUGACUCGGCGCCCCACAGC